AUGGUGGUUCUCACGGCCCUCUCAUUAGGCUACGAGAUCGGUCGGGCGAUCAAGUACGUGGGCGGAAGCAUCAAGAACGUGGACGCCCUGUUCAAGGAGGCCAAGAAGAUGGACGCCAUCCUCGUGUUCGAUCAGGCCUCCGUCCUGUUCUCCUCAUCACUCCCCUCAUCCCAACACACACUGAACGAGCGGAAUGCGGUCCUCUACCAAAUCAACAAAUUCCCUGGUGUGGUGGUGCUCAUCUGCGACAAGAUCGAGGACUUGGACUAUUCGCUGUUUAGGCGCAUCAACUUCGUGCUGGAGUUCGGGCUGCCCGAAGAAGAGACCCGCGAGCGCCUGUGGCGCCGACUCAUUCCCGACCAGGUGCCGCUCGGUGACGACGUCGACUUGACCCUCCUCGCCCAUCGGUUCCACUUCACCGGCGGCAACAUCAUGAACGCGAUUGUGCGCGCGGCGGAGCGGGCGAGUCUGCGGCAGGGAGAUGGGGAGGAACCGCGGCGCAUCGGCAUGGCCGACCUGCUCCUCGCCGCCGAGGAGGAGGCGCGCCACCUGGCCAAGGUCGCCCUCCCCUUCUACAAGACCCUCUACAUGUAG